UUCGUCUUUAGUUAAAACUCAUACGAGAAAGAAAAAUACAUUCGUGAAGGCGUACUCCGUCGAUUUAUCACAGUAGAAAAUCGAACUAAAGAUUAUUUCAGAAAAAUUUGCUUGCAAUGUUUUUAUUAAUUACUGAUUGUACACUAAGUUCACUCUGUGAUUAGAUAAAAUCUUAUCACAUAUUUGCUUGACCAUUCAUUACAAUUUUACAUAGAAAAUAAAAUAUAACUAUUUGCGAAUUGUGUGUGUGCAUUGCACAUUAAUAGUUUUUUUUGUUCAUGCUAAUGAAAGAAAUAUUGCGAGAGUAAUACGUAGCAGCAGCAGCAAAGAGAAAAAAAAACAAAGUUAACUACAAACAAUUAAAUAUCGAUUAGGCGCAGAAAUGUACAUGGAAAAGAAUGUGACCGAAGAAGGGAUUCCAAUUAGAACGAUUUAUAUACCAAACAUCUCGAUCAAUAUAACAAACCAGAUAUUAUGCGACUACUUUCGCCAGUUUGGAGCCAUUGAGCGCGUGCAAAUCGUGCCAGAACGCUUAAAAUUUUUCGACAUACUUCCGGCCGUCGGAACAGCGGGAACGGGUUUUGUGGAUCAACCACCAAGUCAACGCAAAUACUAUGCAUACGUGACAUUUGUCAACACACAUGGUGCAUCUGAAGCGUUGAGACAGCAUGGGCAUGUGGUGCAAGAACGUGAAAUUGAAGUGGAGCAAGCGUUUAGCUGGAACCAACCGGCAAGUGACUUGGACAAAUAUUUGUCAGAAAAUCAACAGCCCACAUCGACACGCAAAGAAACCCUAUAUCGGCGCAUUGACGAAGGCCUCAACGAUGAUUGUAUACACAAAAUAAUGACCUAUUUGGAUAUUUUCGAAUUGGCCGCAAUGGCAAAGUUCAGUCCACGUUUCCAAGCAAUUGCCGAACAAAUUCGUACGUUGACCAUAACACGUCAAACACAAGAAAAAACUGUCACAUUGAUGGAACUGCGCAGUAUACUGCGAUUGCUUGGUUUCGGUCAUUCGGUUACAAAUUUAACGGUAUCGAUAAAAUCGUUCAAUUCGUCUUCACAGCGCUACAUUUGCGAUCGAUUGUUUCAAUACAUUGGGCCACAGUUGAGAUCACUCACGCUAACAUCAUUUGGUGUGACCACCGAACAAUUUGAACUCAUGAAACCAUUACUAUUUCAUUUAAAUUAUCUUGAUAUCGAUUUUAACUACAGUUUUGAUUAUAAAAAAUUCAACUGUGCAUGGCCAAAUUUAAAGACACUUCGCAUGCGCACGUCUGGUUUCAUCGAGUCAUUUGUGAGUCAAGACGAUUCGGUGCCCGAAUUUCCCGUUUUGACAAAAUUGAUGAUUGCAAGUGGUUAUCGUUUGCAUGAGAAUCUCUUCAAACGUUUGCAUCGAGCCUGUGCCAAAAUUACGGAGCUCGCCGUUAUUAACAUCGAUGAUUAUUACAGUGAAUUGGCACCGCUCGUUCUACGCACCACUGAUUUGGUCAAUCUGUGUGAAUUCACCGAAUUAACAAGACUGCAUUUAUCGUUUAGUCGAUCCUAUUUCAACGAGACAAUUAUCGAUGUGAUUAGCCGACUCACCAAAUUGGAACAUCUUACAUUGGAAAUUACAAAUGUACGACAGUCAGACGAUCGCAUUUUUGCCGAAUUAAAUCGCAGUUUACGAAAGAUUGGAACAUGCUUGCCAGAUAUAAAGGAAGUUCGAUUUUCGGGCAUUCCAUUGGAGGAGGAUAAAUUGGUUGAAAUGUUGAAAUAUGCACCGAAAUUGGAAUCGCUUUGCAUUUACGAGUGUAGUUUUGAGCUGAGCGCUCGAUUCAUUCGUAAUAUUGUGACAAGCCGCAAGGAACACUUUAACACCGCAAUGGGUCAGCGUACACCGAUUCCGCUGAAAAUCAUUGUUAAUGAAUUUUCCGAUGCAAUUGUUAUGAAUAUACUUCAAGAACCAGAAACGAUGCAAUAUUUGAAGGUUCAACGCAACAACAAUAAAAACAUCAUCAACAAAGGUUAUAUCGUGCAAACCGAAGGUACACCCCGACCAAUCGCUCGAAAUGCAAACUUUCGUCGCAUUCGAUUUGGUAACGAUCCACGUGAACGUGACCCAUUCCGGCUUCGAAACCGAUUAUUCCUAUUUCGACCAUAGAACGUCUCAUAAAAAAUCCGAAGUCAAGACCACAGAUUAUAUAGGUUCUUGAAUCAAAACCCAUUCAGAUUGGCCCAAUUUUACGAUUUUGAUCCAACCAAAAUCCAACCACACAUUAAACUAUCUAACCGAACGAUCUCCGUUGCAAUUCGUUUAAGAAAUUCUGUUUUGUAUAAGCAUAAGUAAUUUAAAACAAACAAAAAAAAGUAUAUUGAUCCAGACAAACAAACAAAAAUGGAAAAAAAUGUCGUUAACAAAAGCAAUUUUAAAUUGGAGAUAAAAAAAAUUAAAAGUUAUUUUUCUCUGUUAUUUCAAUUGGUGGAGAAAUUGAAGAAUUUUUUUUAUAUUAUCUACAAACUCUAAGCUAAAUAUAAAACGCGAACAGAGGGAUAUUGAAUAAAUAAAUGUUAUUUGAAUGAAAUUUAAAACAAAAA